AGUUCCAAUGAUUUUCAGCGAAUGAUUUUUGUGACGAGGCGGCACACGAUACGGCUAUUGUAUCCCAUUACACACAUACUGCGGCCCGCAUGACGAACGCCCCCGAUCUCGCACAGGCAUGCUACACGUGGGGGGAGAGUAAAAUUAACUUGGUCAUUUAUUCAAGCAGCUAAGCUGCUACGCUCUUCGAUGCUGAUCCCAUUCAGAUCCUUAUCUCCACGAAACUAGAAAAACCCGGAGACGAGGAGGAGAGAGAGAAAAGCCGAUACAAAACACACAAUAAUCACAUCUUACAUGUCUUGAACGGUCGAACCCCUUCCAAAUCCAACCUAUAUUCAUAAAAAAAAAAAAAAAAAAAAAAAAAAAAAAAGUAAAGAAAAGGGGAAAAAAGGCAGAAAAUGCUGAGGAUUUUAUCAAAGAGAGCAGCUUCAGCAGCAGCAGUUUCCUCGAUUCCAUGGAAAAUUCCUCCUUCAAUCUUCCAAAAACGAGAAUAUUCCCUCGGAGUCCUCUCAGACGGCAUUGACAGGAACUCCGAUGCCUUCGUCCGCAACUCCGGCACCAUGCAAGAAAUCAUCACCCAACUUCAAUCCCACAUAGACAAGGUUCUUAGCGGUGGCGGUGCUGAAGCCGUGAGGAGAAACAGGAGCCGGAAUAAACUGCUUCCGAGAGAACGGAUCGAUCGCCUGAUCGAUCCUGGUUCGUCCUUCUUCGAGCUCUCUCAGCUUGCAGGUCACGAGUUAUAUGAUGAAUUCUUACCAUCAGGGGGAAUUAUCACUGGAAUAGGACCAGUGCAUGGACGGCUAUGUAUGUUUGUGGCCAAUGACCCUACUGUGAAGGGAGGAACAUAUUACCCCAUCACUGUGAAGAAACACCUUAGGGCACAAGAGGUUGCAGCACAAUGCAAGUUACCAUGCAUAUAUCUUGUAGACAGUGGAGGUGCUAACCUUCCGAGGCAGGCCGAGGUCUUUCCUGACAGAGAUAAUUUUGGUAGAAUAUUCUACAACCAAGCACAAAUGUCUGCCGAGGGUAUUCCCCAGAUUGCUCUUGUUUUAGGUUCUUGCACAGCAGGAGGUGCUUAUAUACCAGCGAUGGCUGAUGAAAGUGUCAUGGUCAAAGGCAAUGGUACAAUAUUUCUAGCAGGACCUCCUCUGGUGAAGGCUGCUACAGGGGAGGAAGUCUCGGCAGAGGAUUUGGGUGGUGCAACCAUGCAUUGUAGGACAUCAGGGGUUUCAGAUCAUUUUGCUCAAGAUGAACUACAUGGACUUGAAAUUGGGAGGAAUAUUGUUAAAAACUUGCACAUGGCUGGGAAACAGAAGAUGAUGGGUGGCUUGUCCAAUUUAUCCCCUGACUAUAAAGAACCUUUGUAUGAUGUAAAGGAACUUCGUUCAAUAGCACCAACAGAUCAUAAGCAGUCCUUUGAUAUCCGAUCAGUAAUUGCUCGCGUUGUUGAUGGAAGCGAAUUUGAUGAAUUCAAGAAGUUGUAUGGCACUACUCUAGUAACAGGUUUUGCAAAGAUCUUUGGACAACCUGUAGGAAUAAUUGGAAACAAUGGAAUAUUGUUUACUGAAUCUGCUUUAAAAGGGGCCCACUUCAUUGAGUUAUGUGCUCAGCGUAACAUCCCACUGAUAUUUCUUCAAAACAUCACCGGGUUUAUGGUUGGCUCAAGAUCGGAGGCAAGUGGUAUUGCCAAAGCUGGAGCGAAAAUGGUGAUGGCAGUUUCAUGUGCAAAGGUUCCUAAAGUAACAAUUAUUGUUGGUGGAAGCUUUGGUGCUGGGAAUUACGGAAUGUGCGGACGUGCAUAUAGUCCCAAUUUCCUGUUCCUAUGGCCCACCGCGAGAAUAUCUGUGAUGGGCGGAAUUCAGGCUGCUGGUGUCCUAGCGCAAAUAGAAAGGAGCACCCAAAAAAGGCAAGGAGUUGAGUGGAGUCAGGAGGAAGAAGAGAAAUUCAAGGGUAGGGUUGUGGAGGCAUAUGAGAGAGAAGGAAGCCCUUAUUACUCUACUGCAAGGCUAUGGGAUGACGGCAUCAUAGACCCUGCAGACACAAGGAAGGUAAUAAGCUUCUGUCUGUCUGCUUCCAUAAAACAUGUCCCAGAUGAGACCAAGUAUGGUGUCUUCAGAAUGUAAGUUAUUUAAGAUUCUGAAUAAAAAAACACUGCAUGUCAUCAUUC